AUGUUGGCAAGCAACUGGACAAGACUCAGCGCCUUUGUCGCGCUGCUCCCAGCGAUCGCCUCUGCCAUUCCGGCACGCGACUUCGACCUGGACGCAACGAACCUCUUCUCGCGCGACUACAUCCAGCCGGACGUGGACAACACCAAGGCGUAUCCCUUCUCGUCGACCAAGCAGCCCGACUCGUCAAGAUGGCCCAAGGGUCUGCACUUUGCCGUGGACUACUACCCGGCGCAGUGGCCCGAAUUCCUGUGGGAGGAUGACGCAGCCAAGAUGGCGAAUGCCACGCUGUCGUACGCACGCAUCAGCGAGUUCGACUGGGCCAUCCUCGAGCCCACCGACGGCACGUACGACUGGUCGCUCCUGGACAACUCCAUCGAGGCUCUGCACAAGCAGGGUGUCAAGGUGAUCCUCGGCACACCUACUGCCACGCCUCCCAUCUGGGCGGUCAAGAACUACGACAUCCUCGGUGCUGACGCCCAGGGUCGCGUGCGCAAGUUCGGUUCGCGACGACACUACUCGACCUCUUCUCCCGACUACCGCAUGCUGUCGAAGCGAUUCGUCGAGGCGAUGGCCAAGCGCUACGGCCAGCACGACGCGGUUGUUGGUUGGCAGAUCGACAACGAGUUGGGCUGCCACGGCACGGUGCGCACGUACGACAACAACGCCCGUACCCGCUACCAGCAGUGGCUCGCGGACAAGUACAACAACAACAUCACGCUGUACAACGAGAUGGAGGGCCGCGUAUUCUGGUCCUCGACAUACCAGUCCUUCGACCAGGUCGACCUGCCCAUGCUGGAGGUCACUGAAAGCAGCCCCGCCGGUCGUCUCGACUUCUACCACUUUUCGUCGGACAUGACCAUCGAGUACGCCAAGACGCAGGUGGAUAUCAUCCGCAAGCACUCGGACAAGGCGAUCACCACCAAUUUCAUGGGUGCCUUCCUCGACUUUGACCACUUCAAGCUCGCGCGCGAGACGGGCAUCGACCUGGCCACCUGGGAUUCUUACCCGCUCGGCAACACGGAGCAGUUCGCUUGGAUCUCGGAUUCGGACAAGGUCAAAUAUGGCCGAACGGGCACGCCCGACUUCCAGGCGCUUCACCACGACCUCUACCGUGGUGUAGCAGGUGCUGCGUACAACAAGACUGCCGGACCUUUCGGUAUCAUGGAGCAGCAGCCCGGCCCUGUGAACUGGGCGCCUUACAACCCCUCUCCGAAGCUCGGAAUGGUGCGUCUGUGGCAGCACGAGACGUUUGCGCACGGUGGUAGCAUGUCGAACAUCUUCCGAUGGCGCGAGGUGCCGUUCGCUCAGGAGCAGAUGCACGCUGCCAUGCUGCGCCGAGACAAUGUGCCCGACCACGCCUACCUCGAGCAGCAGCAGGUUGUGCACGAGGAUCUGCCCAAGAUGAUGAGCCUGUUCGAGUCGAACGACAGCCAGAAGCGCGACGUUGCCGACAAUGCACCCGUGCAGACCAAGACCGAGGGGCAGGCAGAUGUUGCGCUGGUGUUCGACUAUGCGGCUCAGUGGCUGAUGGAGGCGGAGCCUCAGUCCGGCACUUGGAGCGUCGACAUGGAGGGCUUCGAGAGUCCGUCGAUGCAGUACUUCCCGCUGGUGCUCAACUGGUACUCGGCGCUGCGCAGGCUCGGCCUGAACGUCGACGUGGUCGGCCCUUCGACGCCGCUCGAGGGCUACAAGAUGGUGGCGGUGCCCAGCAUGCCCAUCCUCAGCAAGGAAUUCGUCGAGACCUGGUCGAACUACAAGGGCGUAUCGGUGUUCGGCCCCCGCUCGGCGUCCAAGGUGGCUGCGCUUUCGAUUCCGGAUGGACUUCCUCCGAGCAACGGACCCGUGCGCGAUGUGCUUCCGAUGAAGGUAACGCGCGUCGAGACGAUCAAGGAGGGCUUUGGCGACAUGAUCUCCUACGGCGGCCAGCAGUACAACGUGUCCGGCUGGGUCGAGUGGAUCGAGUGCGAGCGCGACGGCAAGAACGCCUCGGUGUCGAUCUACGCGUCUGCAACGUACUACGGCUACCGCGAUGGUGCACCCGCCACGUGCGGCAACAAGGAUGGCGACAAGCAGACGCACUAUGUCUCGGCAUACACACCCGUCGAGUUCCUCGUGUCGUACCUCGGCGACAUUGCUGGCAGCGCCGGCGUCAAGACACUGUUCGGUGAGACGCCUCAGGGAAGCAAGACGGACCUGGGCAAGGAUCUGCGCUUCAGGAGGAACGGCAACGCCCUCUGGGCCUUCAACUACGGCCCCGACGAGGUCGAUCUGCCCGCCGCACCCCAGGGCGCCACGCUGCUCGUCGGCGGAGAGGACGGCAAGAUCGGCGCCACCGGCGUGGCUGUCUGGAGCCUCGAGUAG